AUGAGCGCCCACGGGUCCCCACCGGUAGCCCCGCAGCUCUGCUUCCCCACUGUGAACGGGUCCUGCGUGAAAACCCCCUACACGCCUGGCCCCCGGGCGCUCCUCUACGCGGUGUUCGGCUGUGGGGCUGUGCUGGCCGUCUUAGGAAUCCUGGUCGUGGCUUCCAUCCUGCACUUCAAGCAGCUGCACUCACCCACCAACUUCCUCAUCGCCUCUCUGGCCUGCGCUGACUUCUUGGUGGGAGUCACCGUGAUGCCCUUCAGCAUGCUCAGGUCCGUGGAGAGCUGCUGGUACUUCGGGACGAGUUUCUGCACUUUCCACACAUGAUGUGAUGUGGCAUUUUGCUACUCCUCUCUCUUCCACCUGUGCUUCAUCUCCGUGGACAGGUGCAUGGCCGUUACCGACCCCCUGGUCUACCCCACCAAGUUCACGGUGUCUGUGUCAGGCAUUUGCAUCGCUGUCUCCUGGACUCUGCCGCUGGUGUACAGCGGUGCCGUGUUCUACACCGGGGUCUAUGACGAUGGGCUGGAGGAAUUAACCAGUGCCCUCGACUGCGUAGGACGCUGCCAGGUAGAUGUAAAUCAGAACUGGGUGUUGAUUGAUUUUCUGUCCUUCUUUAUACCUACCCUAGUUAUGAUGACUCUGUAUAGUCAUAUUUUCCUUGUGGCUAGACAGCAAGCUAAAAAGAUUGAGAACGUGGGUAACAAAGGGGACUCAUCCUCCGAAAGUUACAAAGCCAGAGUGGCCAAGAGAGAGAGAAAAGCAGCUAAAAUUUUAGGCAUCACGGUGGUAGCCUUUAUGGUCUCCUGGUUACCGUACAGCAUUGAUUCAUUAAUUGAUGCUUUCAUGGGCUUCAUCACUCCCGCCUACAUUUAUGAGAUCUGUGUUUGGUGUGCUUAUUAUAACUCAGCCAUGAAUCCUUUAAUCUAUGCUCUAUUCUACCCAUGGUUUAAGAAAGCUAUUAAAGUUAUUCUCAGUGGGCAAGUUUUCAGGAACAGUUCAACAAUCAUGAAUUUAUCCGCAGAAUAA